UAAAAUAUGCACUCAUCCAAGAUCUUUAAACUCUACCAAUACAUCCAUGUACCUCGUUACACCUAUCAAAGUAUUAAUAUUUAUUCAGAUUCAAUAGAACCCUAUUUUUCUUUUCUCAAUCCAAACCAAAUUACUCAAGAUCAACUAAUCAAGCUUUCUAAUAAAAUACCCGGCCAUCAUUUUUUAUUGAAUCACCAAUCUCUCAACUUAGAUUAUACUAAUCAGACACUACUUAAAUUAAAAACAGAUUUCUUAAAUGAUAGAUAAAACUCUUCAAAAGCAUUUCUUUAUAUGGAAUAUUUAACAUAACAAUAACUCUAUCUUGAAGCUAUCUAAUUUUAUGAUAGUCUUGAUAGAAAUCAAUCAAACCUACUAUAAUCCAUGUAUACGUAAGUACUCUCUAAAUAUUUAUAAUAAAAAUAUCAAAAUUACAGAACUAACGAUCUUAUUCUUACACAAAUUUAGUUAUUAUUAAUAAUCAUUAUUGUGUUUUAAUAUCUACAAUAUUUUUAAAGAAAAAAAGAAUAAUAAGAUGAUUCAAAUACUGUUAAUUAUUCUAAAGAUUAAUUAGAAAAUAAUAAUAAAUAAUCAUAAAAUCUACCUUAGGAAAAUUUUAAGAAAAUCGAACAUCUAUUAAAUGUUCUUAAAAAUCAUCAACAAUUAUAAUAAGAAUAAAAUGUUAAAACAAAAUUUGAAGAUGUAUUAGGAAUAGAUGAAUUCAAAGAAGAACUUUAAGAAAUAGUUUAAUUCUUAAAAAAUCCAGAUAAAUUUACUUAAUCAGGAGCAAAAUUGCCAAAAGGAAUUCUCUUAGUAGGACCUCCUGGAUCUGGAAAAACAUUAUUAGCAAGAGCUUUGGCUGGUGAAGCUAAUUGUUCCUUUUUUUAUAAAUCUGGAGCAGAAUUUGAUGAAAUGUUUGUUGGUGUUGGAGCAUCUAGAGUGAGAGAACUAUUUUAAAAUGCAAGAAAAAAAUCUCCAUCUAUCAUUUUUAUAGAUGAAAUUGAUAGUAUAGGAGGUAGAAGAUAAAUGAAUAAUCCUACAUCUUCAAGAGAAACUAUAAAUUAAAUAUUAACAGAAAUGGAUGGAUUUAAAUAAAAUGAUGGUGUUAUCGUAAUUGGAGCAACUAAUUUUGAAUAAGUAAGUAUUAAACUUAUAAUAGGUUCUUGAUCCAGCUUUAAAAAGAGCAGGAAGAUUCGAUAAAAUAAUGCACAUUCCCUUACCUGAUAUUAAGGGAAGAUAAUAAAUAUUCUCAUAUUAUUUAAAUAAAAUCAAAUACAAUAAAUAAAGUGUAGAUCCCUUAAAAUUAGCUUAAUUAACAACAGGAUUGAGUGGAGCUGAAAUUUAAAAUAUUGUAAAUUUGGCCAUAUUAAAUUCUAUAAAAAAUAAUAGAGAAUAAGCAAAUUCAAUAGAUUUUGAAUUUGCAAUAGAUAGAUCCGCUAUGGGAGUUCAAAGAAAAUAUAAAUUGAUAAAUGAGAAAGACAAAUUAGUAACUGCUUAUCAUGAGGGAGGACAUACAGUGACAAAUUUGUUAACAGAGGGUGCUCCUUCUCUUCAUAAAGUUACUAUAUUACCUAGAGGAGAUCAAUUAGGAUAUGUAAGAGAUUAUAUAUAUUUAAAUUAGACUUCUAUGAUUCCUGAAUUAGAUUAAAAACCUCAUUCAAAAAAGAAUAUUUUAGCUUAGAUAGAUAUAGCUAUGGGGGGAAGGGUUGCUGAAGAUUUAUUUUUGGGAAAAGAUGAAAUAACAAGUGGAUGUAGCUAAGAUUUAGCUUUGGCUACUGAUCUUGCUUAUUAAUAUGUCAAAUAACUUGGAAUGAGUGAAAACUCUUUUUUAAUUUCCAUCGAUCACAAUAGUGAUAAUAAGACAAGCACUUAAUUUAAUUAUAUGGUUGACCUUGAAGUUAAAAAAUUAUUAGAUGUAAAAUUAACAAUUACAAAAUAGGACUCUUAUGCUAGAGUUAAACGAUUACUUACUGAUAAUGAAGAUAUGUUAUAAAAAGUGGCUUUCGAAUUGUUAUAAAAAGAAACACUGUCAGCUUAAGAAAUUAAAAAAUUAUUGAAUAUUUUUUGAUUAAAUAAUAUUUAAAA